UAAGUAAUAAAUAAUUAUUUAAAAAAAAAAAAAAAAAAUGUGACCAACCAUUAGGUAUAGUUUGAAAACUGUUCGUAGAAUGCGCUCAAACCGUUGUUUAGUACUACCUAGUGAUAAUGUUAUCAAACAUGCCAGAAACCGCGUAAAAAAGAACACUACAGUCAAUAACACGAUGGACGAUAAUACCGAAUCCACUAUUCCUGCCGAAUCACAAAUUUCAACUCCAACCGCUGCCAUAGAUUUGGAGAAUAAUCCAGCGGAUCAAUCAACUUCGACGAUGGAUGAUGCUGAUAUUACAUCGGGUACGAAUUUACAUAACAUUUCUGCUUCUGAUGCCGAAGAUGAACAAUCUAUUCAGCAACGUUUGAGUGAAACCGAAGAAAACCACUCGGCCAUGGAUUCAGUCAACGAUGAAAUACCAAACGAAACACUUCUAGAGACCGAUACGACAGAAUUAGAAGAAGCUGCGGAUUCUGUUCUCGAUACAAUUGAUUCGAUAAAUGAUUCAAAUCUCAAUGAUACUGUAACCGAGUCUACCAAGCAAACUAGAUCCGAUCAAAAAACUGAAAAAAUUUCUCAAUUUCCUCUCGGUAGAGUAAGAGAUAUAAUGAAAGCAGAUCCCGAUAUUAAAAUAGUUAGCGGUGAAUGCGUAUUUCUUGUCGCCAAAGCUACGGAAAUGUUUCUUCAACGACUGGGCAGAGAAAUUCACACUAUUACGUUGAGAAAUAAAAAGAAAACGUUACAGAAAAAGGAUCUGGAUGCUGUUAUCUCGGAGAAUGUUGCUUUUGAAUUUUUGGAAGGAGCUUUGAAUUGAAAUUCGUUCGUUUAUCUAGUAUUUUCUAUUUUAAUUUACCAAAAUUUUAUGUGAUAAUUUAUGUGGGACGAUUCGUUCAUAAUAAAUAAGUAAUUCCAUUUUUAAAUAA